CAGGAAGAGCACCGUCCCCUCAGCCUUGCUGUGAACCUAAAACUGCUCUGAAAAGCUGUCUGCCAAAACAUGCUAAUAACAGAGGCCCAGUGCGACAAACGCUGCUGCCGUGUGUGUCCCUGUACACGGUGUGUAAAACCAGUCCUAAAGCAGCUGCAGGUCCACGAGCGUGUGUGUGACACGGUGAGCGGGUGGACCUGCCCUUCACUGUCCCUAGCAUCAGUCCAGCCCCGGCUGCAGGCCGGGCUUGUCACCGUGUUGUCAUCUAAAGUAAACUCUGACGGUGACAUUGAUGCUGCUUGUGAGUUGUGUUUGAAACAGCUUCGGCGUGUCCAUUCAGUCUGUCCCUCUCGCUGCCCAAACUGCAGGGUCAAAUGGACGCCCGCCUGAGCGGCACAGUGACCUCUGUGCUUGAUUCCAGACAGGCCGAUGGCCGCAAGGUCCUGCGCUCCAGCAUCCGGGAGUUCCUGUGCAGCGAGGCCAUGUUCCACCUGGGGGUCCCCACCACGCGGGCAGGGGCCUGUGUCACGUCGCAGUCCACGGUGGUGCGUGACGUGUUCUAUGACGGUAACCCCAAGCAGGAGCCGUGCGCGGUCGUGCUGCGUGUAGCCCCCACCUUCCUCAGGUUCGGAUCCUUCGAGAUCUUCAAGCCGGCGGACGAGCGCACGGGGCGCGCGGGCCCCAGUGUGGGGAGGAACGACAUCCGCGUUCAGAUGCUGGACUAUGUGGUCGGCACGUUCUACCCCGAGAUCCAGGCCGCCCACGCCAGCGACAGCGUGCAGAGGAACGCCGCCUUCUUCCGCGAGGUGACACGUCGCACAGCCCGGUUGGUGGCCGAGUGGCAGUGUGUCGGCUUCUGCCACGGCGUCCUCAACACGGACAACAUGAGCAUCAUGGGGCUCACCAUCGACUACGGGCCCUUCGGCUUCCUGGACAGGUACGACCCUGACCACGUGUGCAAUGCCUCCGACAACGCCGGGCGCUACACGUACAGCAAGCAGCCUGAGGUGUGCAGGUGGAACCUGCGGAAGCUGGCCGAGGCCCUGGAGCCCGAGCUGCCCCUGGCGCUGGCCGAGGCCAUCCUGGCCGAGGAGUACGACGCCGAGUUCCGCAGGCACUACCUGCACAAGAUGCGCAGGAAGCUGGGCCUCGUGCGGACCGAGCAGGAGGAGGACGCCGCGCUGGUGGCCAGGCUCCUGGAGACCAUGCAGCUGACCGGCGCUGACUUCACCAACACCUUCUGUCUGCUGAGCUCCUUCCUGGUGGGGCCAGAGGCACCAGGCCUAGACGACAUCUUGACUGCGCUGACCACACAGUGUGCCUCCCUGGAGGAGCUGAGGCUCGCCUUCCGCCCCCAGAUGGACCCCCGGCAGCUCUCCAUGAUGCUGAUGCUGGCGCAGUCCAACCCGCAGCUCUUCGCGCUCCUCGGCUCGCAGACAAACAUCACGAAGGAGCUGGAGCGUGUAGAGCAGCAGUCGCGGCUCGAGCAGCUGAGCCCAGCGGAGCUGCUGAGCAUGAACAAGGACCACUGGGCCACUUGGCUGCAGGAGUACAGAGCCCGGCUGGAGAAGGACAGGGAGGGUGCCGGGGACGCCGCCACCUGGCAGGCUGAGCGUGUGCGUACCAUGCACGCCAGCAACCCCAAGCACGUGCUACGGAACUACAUCGCGCACAGGGCCAUCGAGGCUGCCGAGAACGGAGACUUCUCAGAGGUGCGAAAGGUGCUGAAGCUGCUGGAGACUCCAUAUCACAGGGACACGGAGGCCCCCGAGGUCCUGGAUGCCGCCGAGCCUGAGGGGGCGGGUGGGGCGGGCGGGGAGGCUGGCAGGCGAGGCUCCUACAGCAGCAAGCCCCCGCUCUGGGCUGCAGAGCUCUGCGUCACCUGAUCCUCGUAACCGCCUUGGGGCCUCCACACCAGGAGGCCCCAAGGCCCUGAGGCCAACUGAGUCCAUGAGGCGGCACCUGCUGAGCAGCCAGCAGAGCACACCCACACCGCCUCUCCAUGACAGCAGAGACGUCCAGUCAGGACCUGACCCGUCUCUGUCCGACGCGGACUCAGCAGCCCAGCCCCACACUAGACGCACAAGGCCAACUCAGCAGAGGGAACCGCGCGGUAGUCCCCUGCCCCGGCCAGCCUAGGAGGAGCCGGCACUGCACGCCUUCUGCUGGCUGGGGACCUGUAAAUAAAGCAGCUGCUUCCUCA